GGCUCAAUGUGUGAUUUUCAUGGCGGGCUUUGAUUCAAGUUCUUCUACGAAGAUUUUAUAUUAAACAUGGCUUUUGAAAGACGUUUGAAAACAGACGAAAAAGUUGGGGAGAAGAACGAGGUGUUAUUGUACGAAGGAGAUGGUUUGAUGAGUGCAGAACAGUUGACUAAAUCCAAAAAUGCCGUGUGUAUGUUGCGCUUUCAAAAAAAGUUGUCGGGUAGACAUUUAAAAAAAUGUGGUUCGGGAUUUUAUGCAAAAGCAAAAAUCUUUGGUUGUGAGUAUCGUUGCAUUGUGACAAACCACCAUGUGAUCAGCUGUGAGGCGGAUGCCGCAGUUGCUGUUGCUCUUUUUCACUUUGAACAAGAGAACCAAGGAAUAGCGGUUCGAUUGAGGCCAGACAAACUAUUUGAAACAAAUUUGGACCUGGAUUAUUCAGUAAUUGGCGUGGAUGAAGAAGAAAUUAAUCGUCUUAAUCCUAGAGUAUUUCCAAUUGAAUUCACAGAGCAACCACAGGCUGCAGCCGGGGAGGAUAUAUUCAUUUUUCAACAUCCAAGGGGUGGACCCAAGCAGUUUAGUUAUGAGAAAAUCAUUGGAAUUCAGGACCCAUAUGUUUACUAUAAAGCAGAUACCGACGAUGGCUCUUCUGGGUCACCUGUCCUGUGGAGGCUUCAACUAAUGGCUGUCCAUCGAACUGGAAAUGUGGAAGAUGGUUACAACAAAGGAAUACUAUUUAGUGCAAUUAUAAAUGAUCUCCAUGUUGGGAAGAAUUUUAAUCAUUUUUACAGUGUGAAUACUUUGAAUAAGAGAGAUCACAGUUUUGUAACAAGAAAUGCACCUAAAGAGAUGGAUGAAAACUUUUCCAAAAGGAUUUGUGUAGAAAACAACAAGAAUGAUGUUGAAGUUUCCAAAGGGCCAAGCAUAGGAGAUGAGGCGAAGUCACCUAGUGAUGAAAUGCUCGAUAAAUUAUCCCAAGAGUGUUCUGGUUUCUAUAAAAAGCUGGGAAGACGGUUGGAAGUCAAACAUGAAAAAAUUGAGGAAAUCAGCAGAGACAAUGUGAACAAUGGCAGCCUUUCUGAAAAAUGUUUUCAAGUUUUACAUGAAUGGAAGGAAUCUAAUUCAACUCAAGCCACAAGUGAAGUAUUGGAAUGUGCUUUGAGAAGUUUGGAUAAAAAUGCUCUGGCCAACAAGUACUUUGGAAGGAGAUAACAUGACUGCAAUCCUCUGAUAGAUUUUCUUUGUGGAUGUACAGAUUAGAAGGAAGGUAACUCCAUCAUUACAAUGCCCUUAGCUAGCAUUUGUACAUUAGCAUGUUUUAAACAGCAGA